AUGGACAGCUACCAUGGCUACCAUGAUGUUACGUGUAUUUUUCACGAUGACUGGUCACCUCGCUCGGAUCUGGAAGUUUACACCAGACAAAUAGAGAGCAUCGACUAUCUCAACGAUCCUGAUGCACUUCUCAGGGUUUGGCCGAUAAAAGACAGAAUACAUGAGUACACUCUCUUCCAGCAGUACGAGAAUCGACGAUACGACAAGGACAAGGCAACGCGACCACCCAGCAUUCCGACGUUGCUCGCACGUGGAACAAUUUCUAUGCCCAACUACGCAGAUCUCGAUCUCCCAACGCUUGGCAUCGACGCGGUUGAAUAUGUGCUCAAGAGUGGGGGUGAGCAGGAUGCGGUUCAAAGUGCGUCAGCGAAUUCAGGAGAUGAGGCUACCAAUGCAACCUCCGAUGCCCGUCCCCAAAUCCUCAGAAUACUAGACACAAGGAAGGUUUUGCAGGAGAAACGAUCGCCGAUGACCGGCACUCCGCUCUUCAUGUCAAUCGCACUCGAACAUGAACCGCUUCACAGAGUCUGGCAUGAUCUCGAGUCAUUCUGGUUGGUGUGCAUAUACAUGACCAUUCGCCAUGUCUCGUUGUCGAAUUCGACACAGUCAUUCUCAAUCGGGAAAGACGGAAGGAGACUCUUUGGACGUACUUUACUAGAAAACAAUCCAGGCUCUCAGCGCUUCGAAGAUGGGGUUGCUGUUCGCACAUCUGGAGAGUCGCUCCAGAAGCUCUAUAACUUCCUUUCAGGGUUAAAAAAGAUGGACUCCGAACUUGCAAGAUACAGCGACGAGUUCAAGUCUGGCGGUCUCAACAGAACUGGCCAUUACAGUACUGUUACCUGGGAAGAUCUCGAGAAUAUCCUGAAGAAAAGAGGAGAUGCGAUCCAUAUCAUAUCUACAGGCGAGCAAGGAUUCCCAUCAUCCAACGCUCUGCCAGACUCCAAGAGCAUAAUUAGGCUCCAGAAGCGACUAAGCAGCCUUGGUAAUGACCUGCAGCGAAUCUCUUUCCUCAGUCACGGCGAUUUUCUCUCUUGGUUCGAGAUCUCCAUCGAGACACAAGAGCAGGCCGGGUGGGAUCCUUGCGAGUUGGAAGACGAGCCCUCAGAGACUCGCGUUCUUCCUCGAGGCAAAAAAAGCCAACCGAUAUCACACAGCAGAGGCCCCCAGUUCUACUCUCCGCGCAAAACUCGCUCUAGUGGUGUUAGUGCCAGCAUUAGAUCCUCUAUGGGCAGCAACGUCAGCAAGGGGUCGCGCAAACCCUUUGAAGAAUCACAAGGAGACCCACGGGAAGGCCCACAAGAAGUCGACAGAGGCGCUUCAAGCUCUCGGUAA